AACUUUUAAUGCUGUCCACUUUUUUGUUGACUUUUUUUGCCAUGCACGCGCUGAAUCAGUCGAAAACAAUGUCACUAAAAUAAUACUAUUUAUUUAGAGAAUGUAGUUAGACUAUUUUUGUCUCUACUGGAAAAAUGUUUUUGGAAAAACUUUUCCAACGUUUUUGCGGAUUUUUGGAAAAUCCGAAGUUUUUGGCAUUUUUCUCCCUAUCUAUGCGCUAUGAAAUCUUCAUUUAUACAUAUUCAGAUGCAGAAUGAAAUUCUGCGUCGAAUGACAUAUAAUUCAAUGGGUUUUAAAAGAAAACUUUUCCAUCAUUUCCCCAAAAAUUCGACGACGGCUCAUGAUAGUACUCUGGGUCUACUUCACGAAACCGGACUAUCUUCGGUUGCAAAAACCUUUUUGCAAAACGGCCGAUGACGUUUUGUCUAUGUCUAAAGAAUAAACUAUUGCUGGAGAACGCUUAACUCAAACAAGUUCAAAUUUUUAUCAUGGAUAGUACACAUAUCAAGACAGCUCUGGUAAAAAUUUAACUUCAUUUGCAUUUGAUUUGACGGAAUUAUAGCGCAAGAAAAAUUUUCGACUGGAAAAUCGCUUUUUUUCCGUAUUUUACGACCUUUUUUUUGCAAGCGCUCUAGCGUCGAGGGAAAGCACUUUGGAAAAGAAUGUCAAGAGACAAAAAUGUUCAGGACACAUUUCGCUAUCUGCUCUGAAAAUUUGAGAAAAAUUUGUGAAAGUUCAUUGAGCAACUUAGUUCGUCGGUAUCGUGCACUGCCUCAUAAGUAAAAACGUGACGAGUUAAAAAUAUACAUUGAUCGCGUAGUCUCCUUGAUUUAGAGAUAAAGUUUCCUAUUGCUAUCAGAACUACUGAAAAAACUUCUUGAUAUUUCAAUGUAUCAGAGGUCGUUCAGUCUUACUAGAGUAGUUGUCUAGAUAUGUUUAGGGAAAUUUUUUCACACAUUUUCGUCUUGUUUGAAAAAAAGAGUAAUAUCCACUUGACUUUUAGAAGAACAAAAUCAGAACAAACACAAACAUCAUUUCCUGAUUUGGUAGAAGACGAUGAUAUAUCAACAGCAGACGACGAUCGAAUAGAUGAAAAUUUAGCCGAUGAAACAGAUAGUCAGUAUUCAACCGAAUAUGAAGUAGAUGAGAAUAAUAAUGAACACUUGCAAGCAGAAGAAGAAACUUCAACGAGCGAAGAGGAGGAGGAAAUAGAAGAAGAAGAAGAAAACGCAGAAAGUAAUAAUGAAGAACAACAAUUAAUAACAACAACUGAUGCAUUAGACGAAAAAGAAAUUAUAAAAAUUCAUCAAUUAUUGAAAAAAACAAGAAAAAUAGUCACCUGUAUUCGAAAAUCAAGCAAUAUUGAUGCGUAUGUUCGUGCUCAAGCGAAAAUUAUACAGAUACAAGACCCUAUAAUUAUUGAUGAAAAUGAUGAACCACCAACAAAUUCAAACAUUAAAAUUACAAUUGGUGGUUUGGUUAUUGACUUCCAUGUUCGGUGGAAUAGUACCUAUUUGAUGAUUAAAAGAUUUAUUGAUCAUCGUACUAUUAUCAACCAAAUAACAGCUUCUCCUGAUCGAAUCGCUGGUUUAAAAACAAAAAAAAUUAAACAAAUGAAGAAAUUUGAAUUUAGCCAUGAAAAUUGGAAUCGUUUAAUGGAUUUAGAACAUGUACUUCGUCCAUUUUUAGAAGCAACCGAAAUAUUAUCCGGUCGAAAAUAUCAGACAUUGUCACUAGGCUUUAUUAUAAAAAAGUCAUUGAAACAUUUUUUAUCGAGAGAAGUCGACGGUCAAACAAUACAAAAUAUUUUCAAACGUCAAUUGUUAAAAAAGCUUAAACAUUAUUUUGAAGAAACAGUAUCAUAUGAAGAAAAAACUAGAGCAUUGAUUGCAUCGUAUUUGCAUCCAUUGUCGUACAAAUUAAUGAGUAAAGAGGAUAAGAGAAGUGCAGAAGAAUCGAUUAUUUUAAUAUUAGAAACAACCGCAUCAUCCGUGACAUCAUCAAUCACAAUAAUAAAUAAUAGUACUGCAGCUCCUUCUACUCCUCAAAAAAAGAUGUCAAAAAUGGAUAGAUUUUUAAUAAAUUGUGAUUAUCAAUCAGAAACAUCCUUGGAACAAGCAACAACAAUAAAAGAGAUGACUAUUCGAGAAGAAAUCGCUCGUUACAUAUCAACAAUCGAACAUGAUACAAAAUUCGAUAAAUACUGGCGUGAAAAUGAACAAAUAUUGAAACGUUUAGCAGCAUUGGUACGUGAAUAUAAUAUUACACCAGCAACGUCAGUCGCAAGUGAAAGUUCAUUUAGUGUGGCCGGCUAUAUACAGCGGAAACAGAGAGCAUCAUUAGCGCCAUCAACGUUAAAAUAUUUAAUGUUUUUACAUGAUAAACUUGUUCAAGGAAAUAAUUAA